AUGCCUUGUGACAAAUGUGGAACGGGGGUCUCAAACUUCAGUUCUCCUGCGCUGGAGUACUUUAAGAUCUGUCUGUGCCCUGUAGAACUUGACGGCAUGCUGAGGAGAUUGUCUGAGGAUCACAGACCAGCUUCACCUGCACCCUCCAGUGUCUCAAUGAGAAGUGACUGUUCCAAGAACAUUGGCGUAGAAUUCAAGGAAGGAGAAAGAAGAAUGUCUGAGGAUCACAGACCAGCUUCACCUGCACCCUCCAGUGUCUCAAUGAGAAGUGACUGUUCCAAGAACUUUGGCGUAGAAUUCAAGGAAGGAGAAAGAAGAUUGUCUGAGGAUCACAGACCAGCUUCACCUGCACCCUCCAGUGUCUCAAUGAGAAGUGACUGUUCCAAGAACUUUGGCGUAGAAUUCAAGGAAGGAGAAAGAAGAAUGUCUGAGGAUCACAGACCAGCUUCACCUGCACCCUCCAGUGUCUCAAUGAGAAGUGACUGUUCCAAGAACUUUGGCGUAGAAUUCAAGGAAGGAGAAAGAAGAUUGUCUGAGGAUCACAGACCAGCUUCACCUGCACCCUCCAGUGUCUCAAUGAGAAGUGACUGUUCCAAGAACUUUGGCGUAGAAUUCAAGGAAGGAGAAAGAAGGUAA